AUGUUUCUGCUUCACGAAUAUGAUAUUUUUUGGGCAUUUCUAAUAAUAGCAAGCCUUAUUCCUAUUUUAGCAUUUUGGAUUUCAGCACUUUUAGCUCCGGUUCGUGAAGGACCAGAGAAGCUUUCUAGUUAUGAAUCGGGUAUAGAACCCAUGGGAGGGGCUUGGUUACAAUUCCGAAUACGCUAUUACAUGUUUGCGCUAGUUUUUGUUGUUUUUGAUGUGGAAACGGUCUUUCUCUACCCUUGGGCAAUGAGUUUCGACGUAUUGGGUAUAUCCGUUUUUAUCGAAGCUUUCAUUUUCGUGCUUAUCCUAGUUGUUGGUUUAGUUUAUGCAUGGCGAAAAGGAGCCUUGGAAUGGUCUUAA